AGAACUUGAGAUUCGAAAGAUCAAGGAAGAAGACAUAAGCACCUGUUUCAAGUUUAACAAACCAGCAAUAAGACAGAAGUACCCUUCUAAUCCGUAAUUAAUAACCGUCACGGCCCUCCCACAUCGCCCCUCUGCUGAAAAACAGAGGUAAUAAUACUGUAGUUGGUGUAGCAGGAGCAGCCUGCCCACCUCUUUAGUUCCUGACUGUUUGUGAAGGUGCUGAGCAUGAUACAAUACAUCAUCAAUACUCUCUUUCAAUCUCAAAGCUUCAGUUUUUGAAGCAAUCAAGAAGAAGAGAUACCAUAGCUACUCAUCAUCAUAUAUAUAAUGAGUAGUUCUAAUCUUUCACAACAACCACCACCAGAGGAUGAAUGGAUUCGCACUUACCUAAAAUUGCUUCCUGAAUGGCAGCCUCCUGCCCUUUAUCACCAGUCGAUGAUACCAAUUUCAAUAUCUAGAGUUAAUCAAUUUGAUGCUGCAAGAUUGGAUAUUGAAAUGUCAGCUAUGUUAAAGGAACAAUUGGUUAAGGUCUUCUCUCUGAUGAAGCCAGGAAUGUUAUUUCAAUAUGAGCCAGAACUUGAUGCUUUCCUUGAGUUUCUCAUUUGGAGGUUCUCUAUUUGGGUAGAUAAGCCCACUCCAGGAAAUGCUCUCAUGAAUCUGAGGUACAGAGAUGAACGUGCAAUGGAUUCGAUAGGAAAAGUUAGAACAGGUUUGGAAGGACCUGGACUGACCAUUGCACAGAAAAUUUGGUAUUGCAUUGCCACUGUUGGUGGUCAGUACACCUGGGCUCGCUUACAGUCAUUCUCUGCCUUUCGUAGAUGGGGUGAUUCUGAACAGUGUAUUUUUCAGAGGCCACUGGCAAGGCGUGCAUGGAUUUUGAUACAGCGUAUUGAAGGACUUUAUAAAGCUGCUUCAUUUGGAAACCUACUAAUAUUUCUUUAUACAGGACGAUUUAGAAACCUCAUUGAAAGAGUCUUGCAAGCAAGGCUUGUAUAUGGAAGCCCUAAUAUGAACCGAGCAGUUAGCUUUGAGUAUAUGAAUCGCCAAUUAGUGUGGAAUGAAUUUUCGGAGAUGUUGCUGCUGCUACUACCUCUUCUUAACUCGUCGUCCAUUAAAAAAUUUCUUCGCCCAUUUUCAAAGGAUAAAUCUUCAAGCUCCAAAGUAGAUGCUGAUACUUGCCCCAUUUGCCAGGCAAUUCCCACUAUUCCAUUUCUUGCUCUUCCCUGUCAGCACAGGUACUGCUACUACUGCCUUAGCACACGAUGUGCUGCAGCUACAUCAUUUCGCUGUCCCAGAUGUGGCGAGCCAGUGGUUGCUAUGCAGCGCCAUAGCGGUUUAGCCAGUAAUACAAGUCCCGAUCAGUGAUUUAGGGUAGUAGGAAGGAAUUGUAGACUACUGUAUAAAAUAUGCCUAGAAAUAGGCAUACAAUAUAAUCAAGUAAUCGAGAUUUCUCUGUAGAAGUAUUUAUUCUCCUAAUCAAGUUGGGGAAUCAUUCUUUGUCAUCUUUAUGUGACCACGAAUAUUCUUUUCAACGAUAGGUCAAUUCUUCAAAAACCAGGAUUACGAUUUCUUUCCU